AUGACACCCACACCCCCCUCUACAAACUCGUCGAGUGCAGGCCACUCUCCUGAUUACAGAGUAGUCCGGAAGCGAAAUCGUGUACCUCUGUCGUGUGGUCCAUGCCGACACAGAAAGCUGAAAUGCAAUCGUUCCAACCCCUGCGAAAACUGUGUCAAACGAGGCGACGCCGUCUCAUGUAACUACGCGCAAGCAAGCUCCCGAAAGAAAAACUCGCCUCAGCAGUCCUCAUCGAACUCGCCAGAUGAUAUGCAGAAUCGCAUCGAUCGGUUAGAAGGGUUGGUGCUCUCGUUGAUGACAAAUGGAUCCCAAUCUGCCGGUCCGGCUGCUGCGAUGGCUGCCAUUUCGGGAGAAAGUAGUGCGGGUUCGGCUGGCCCUUCUCAUGAACUCGAUAUCGACGAGGAGGGCAUGGGUCUUGAAGAGAGCGACACUGAACAGGUGACCAAAUCGUUCGGUGUCAUGAAGAUGGACAAUAACAAGUCCUAUUAUAUGGGGAAUGCUCACUGGGCUUCUAUAUUGAAUGAUAUUUCCGAAGUGCGGAAUUUCUUCUCAACACAUAAGAAGCAAUUUGAAGAGCAAUUUGAAAAAGUCAAGGCCGCUCGACCGCCCACUGAUGUACCUGGGUCGACUUUGUUGUUCGGUGUGAUGAAGCCGAUGAGCCGCGGCGAGAUCAUGUCUGCGUUGCCAUCCAAAUACACUACUGAUCUCCUCGUGACUCGCUAUUUCAACUGUUAUGACCCUGCAACGCAUAUUCUGCACGGGCCCACGUUCCAAGCACAGUACAACAAACAUUGGGAAGACCCUUCUCAAACAGAACUUGUCUGGAUUGCCAUGCUCUUUGCAAUGAUGAGACUAGCAAUGCUAUCAUAUUACAACGAAGGUGACGAACCGCCUGAGUUCAGAGGUAAAUCCAUGGACAUGGCAGGAGGAUUCCGCAAUUCCGUGGCACAAUGUUUGACCUUGGCCGACUACACAAAACCCCAUCCGUAUCUGAUCGAAGCGCUGGUGUUCCAUCUCCAUGGUGACUUUUCGCAAAGUCGGGAGACUGACGUCUCAAUUUGGGUACUGGCUGGUGUUAUUACACGCUUGGCAAUGCGAUCAGGAUACCACCGCGACUCCAAAAUGUUCCCGAACAUCACACCUUUCCAGGGCGAGAUGCGACGGCGAGUAUGGAGCUUUGUGCGUCAGGCCGAUCUGUUGUUCUCUUUCCAGGUUGGACUGCCAAGCAUGAUCCGCUCCACCGACAGCGAUACUGAACUACCAAGCAAUCUGUACGAUGAUGACUUUGACGAAGACUGCAAGGAGCUUCCCCCAUCUCGUCCGUUGAGCGAACCUACGCCAAUCUCAUACUUGAUUGCCAAGGCGCGGUUGACAUAUGCCUUCGGCCGUGUCAUUGAACAGAGCUCUGCUAUUUCGAACACGUCAUAUGAGAAUGUGAUGGAAGCCGAUGCGGAGCUUCGACAGGCAAGAGACCUGAUUCCUCCUCACCUAAAAAUCCGACCCAUGGAAGAUUGCCAGUUAGACCCUUGCAACCUCAUCAUGUCCCGAUUUGCCGUCAAGGCCGUCUAUGAUAAAGCACAAUGUGUGCUCCAUCGACCGUAUUUGGCUCGUGCCAGAGAGAAUCCUCGCUUCACGUAUUCUCGAAGAACAUGUAUCGACUCAGCAAUGGAACUCUUAGAAGUCCAAGGGCUCCUGCACACAGAACUACGCAAAGGACGUUUGCGCACCCGUCAGAGCAAAAUCACUUCUCUAAGCUCGGCCGACUUCCUGCUCUCAGCGACAGUCGUCUCUCUCGAUCUGUACCAAGGCCUGCAAAUGCAGGUUUCAGGACGGCCAUCAGGAGACACGUACACAUGGGGCCGGGAGCGGCGCGAAGAGAUGAUGACGGCGCUUCAGCGCUCGAAAGAGAUCUGGGAUGAAAUGAAAGAUGAGAGCAUGGAGGCAUACAAGGCCUCUAGUGUUCUCGGUGUGAUGCUCAGCAAAUUGCUCAUGGUAGCCCCUACCCUUGAGAAUAGUGCUGGGGCUGCUACAUUUGAGCCCCAAGAUGAGAAGCAGAAUGCUGCGAUGACUCUUGGCUUGCUGAGCAGCGGGAUGAGCCCAAUGAACCCGGGCCCGCCUCCAUUCGCUGAUCCUAUGUUCAAAAUGAGUGACUCGCCAAUGCCAAUAGGCGCAGGCACCUCGGCCGAAAUGCCAGGUGGUGCACUUUCGCCAUUCAGUAGCAUGUUCGGUCAAAUGCCGGACAUGCAAGUUAAUCUUGACUGGGAUGCUUGGGACACAUAUCUCCAAAAUCCAACUCUCGACUCAUCAAAUCAAUUCUGGCCCAUGAUGGAUGCCCAACGGCAGCCAACACCUCAAUCUGGAGGCAUGUCACAGCCUUCAGUAUCAAGUCCUCUCGCUUCCACCCGGGUACCCUCAAUGUCAAGCAGCGGAACCGCUCCUGGCCUGCAACGACUACCAACAAUGUUUACACCGCCAUCUAAUAGUCCUGACAGUGGAGUUCCACCAGUGUCUGGGCACGGUCUCCGCCGGGCCGUUUGUCGGCUUCAAUUGUCGCCAGCUACUCCUGUCUCCUCGAUCGCCUCCAGAACACUAUCACAAUCAAAAUGUGGCUCCUCAACAUCGCUAUUUACCGCGCGGACCGUCAACUCAGCCACACAGAUGCGAUGGAACAGCGAGCGUCCCUCUAUCCGCUACACCAAACCGAGGGGAUUUGAUGAGGUUAAAGGCUGGGAGCAAUUGGAAGAGAGGGCUGCGUCACGCCCUGUAGCCCCAAGGCAACCGAGACGUACCAACAUGAGAGAACAAGCGUCGCCAAAGAACACGGUCUACGUUGGAAACCUGUUCUUCGAUGUGACUGCCGAGGAUUUGCGCUCUAAAUUUGAGCAAUUCGGCGUGGUGGAGAACUCAGUCGUUGUGCAUGACUCCCGAGGAUUAAGCAAAGGCUUCGGUUAUGUCACCUUCAGCGCCACCGAGGAAGCCGCCAAUGCCAUUAGAGGAGGUAAUGAGACUAUUUUCGAGGGCCGCCAGAUUACUGUACAAUUUGCCAACACUGUUUACCGCGCCCAGAGUGAAGAGCGCCCUUCCUUAACCCUCUUCAUCGGUAAUAUUCCCUACGAAUUGACAGAUCAGGAUCUACAAAAUCUGUUUGAGGAUAUCAAGGGCGUGGAUGAUAUCCGUGUUCCCGUUGAUCGCCGCACAGGCUUACCACGUGGAUUUGCCCAUGUUGAUUUCAUCGAUCAGCUGAGCGCCACUGAUGGCAAGGAGAAGCUAUCUCGCAGAGCGCCUUACGGCCGCAAGUUGAAUGUGAGCUAUGCCAGAACCAAGGUCAUGAGUUUGGAAUUCCGUGAGCAAACAAACCAGAGGAAGCUUGAGAAGAAGAAAAAGGCCCUGGAAAAGAAGGAUCGUGAUGCCCGUGAGAGAGAGAUCCAGGAGGCUCAGGAGCCAAAUUGGAAGGAGUGA